AUGUCUUCUUUUCUCUGGUCUCCAGGCUUCGGUGCCCACGCCUACAAACUCUCCUUCCCGACUAUCGCCGACGUGAUCGACAUCGCGGAUGCUUCCUUCAUGGCGCUCGCGCUGAUGAAGCUCUCGACCCAACCCCCUACUACAAGCAAGCUGAAGAGUGUCGACACAGCUCUCCAUGUCCCAGCCAACGUCGCCAACCAGACCGCCAAGAUUUCCGAAGCGAUCUGCGCCAUCGACACUGCUCAAGAGGUUACCACGGGCCUCUUCAUCAACCCUUCCAUCGUGAUCUCGGACGCCGCUCUCACUAGCAUUGGCCAUUCAUCCAUGACCGAGAAGAUCAUCGAAGUAUCCGACGACAACACCGCGAUUUCCCUCCCUAAUGUCAUCGUCGAGAUCCCCCAGAAUAACAAAGUCUUCCACACCGCCGCUGACCACUGCGCCGGUACCGACAUCGAGAGCACCUGCGAUGUCGACAGUGCCCUCCCUGUCAACACCAUCGACAACGAUUCAGACAUUACUGGUACCACCGAUACCGCUUUCCAUUCCGUCGGUAUUGAGAUUGAGAGCAUCCAAGUAGUCGACAGUCCUUUUCCAGUUUGCCUGGCCCUCGACAAAACUCGCCUCAUUGAUUUCGCCGAGGCCGACAUGAAAGAAGCUGAUCCCUACUGCCAUGAGUCGCCGACCCUAUUGGUCAUCGAGAUCAAGGACACUUUCCACUAUGCCGACGACCAAGGCGCGUCUGCCUCGACCGAGCAUUACAACGACUUCGAGCGCUUUCUCGCCGAAGAUCGGAUGUGGGGGAUGCAUGCUCCGGAUGAGAGGGUUAACAAGCAGACUACCACCAACAAAAAGACCAAAGAUCAAGCAAAGGAGAUUGCCGUCAACAAGUUGAAGGCUUCGAUUCACAAUUUGAAGGACUUGGUUGAGGUCAACAAGAGCGCUGAUGUCAAUGCGGCCAAAGUCCACGUUCCCAGCAACCCUGCAGGUGCGAUCGACAAGUGCAUUCCAUCUGAUACAGAUACAGAUCUCCCCGCUCGCACGCGCAAGCUUUCUACCGAGACCAGCAGCUCGGAUGAGACAGAGGAUACCGUCACCAGGGAGCCAGCGCAAAGCGGUACUGAUACCCCGGAUACGGUAUAUUCGUCCUCCGAUUCCAUCCAUCAAGCUGAUGACGAGUUCAAUCAUUCCAUCAUCCUGGAGAUCAUCGUCACUGAAUCGACCGACAUCUCGAACGAAGAUGCAGCCCCGACCAAAACCUCUUCGACUCCCGACUUCGUCCUCCCCACCAGAAACACGCUCCCCACCUUCGAACAUCUCUAUGACUACAGCAACGCGACCCAAGAGAAACUGAGCAGCCUCGCCAUCGUCAUCAAAAUCUCGCGCCCCACCAACACCAAGCAGUAUGCCCUGCUUAACUGCGGGAAUUGGUAUCUCUUCGAAGAUGGCGCAAACGUCAAGCAAAUGAAGGAACACGAGUACGAGGCCUUCUUCCUCUGGCUUGAGGAGACGGAAACCCCCAUCUUCGCCCAACAUUACGUUGACGUCGACGAGGAGGAGCCGAACACAAAAGUACCAGGGGACAACAACACCAACAGGGACAACGACGAGCCGAACACCAGCCAACCCGAAGACGAAGAGAACACCCCUCCCAAGUACCUCGACCCCAACUGGACUCCCAAGGCCACCCAUGAAGAUUAUCCCGAGGAUGCCGAUUAUGUCGCUGAAGCCGAAGAGGAAGAGGAGGACAAUGAUGACUGGCUCGACAUCCCUGAGUGGAAGCAGCGUUACCAAUUGGGCAGAGAUUGGGGCAUUGUGAAGUCCUUCAACCACCGCGAAUUCACUGAUCGAAACUAUGUUCUGGGAACCGACAAUAUGUGGUACUUUGAGUAUAACGGGAAGUUUCGCGGUCUGAUGAAGGACGAGCUCGAUUUGUUCAACAGCCAGAGGGUUAGCUUGUUCAAGAGCCGGAUGGAGGCCAAGGGCCGGGAUGUGAUUGGAGCGAUGGUGGAGCAGCCGGUUACGGAGCGCUGGGGACUCACUACAAUUGUCGAGGAGGAAGAAGACUAG